GAUCACGUGACUCAGGUGAAAAAAAGAAAACAAUAACACGUUUAGCAGUUCAAACACGGAUCUUAAUUUCGAUUACAAAUACAUGUUUUAAAUGGGUUCUAAAGACAAAGAUCAUGAAGAAAUUGAACUGAACGGUAAACGUACAAAACAUAAUGAAAACUUCAAAGGUCCCAUUGAAAACAGGUCUUGUACAGAUAUCAUAUGUUGUUUGUUAUUUUUGGUCUUCAUCUUAGGACUUAUAGCUGUGUCUAUAUUAGGUUUUGUAUGGGGUAACCCCAACAGAUUGCUGCAUCCUACAGAUUCUUCAGGACUUAUAUGUGGCUAUGAUGAAGAGGUUAAAGAAAGGCCAUAUUUAGUAUACUUUGACAUUUCAAAAUGUGCUCAAUUGGGCCCAGCUGCAGUAGCAUUGGGCUGUCCAACACCUCAGGUGUGUCGGGAAUCUUGCACUUCUGAGUAUUAUGUUUACUUAGAAUCAGUUGCCAAGGCUAAAACAGGUGUACUGAACCCGACUGACAUAGAGAAAAUGGUGUGUAAAGAUAACAUCAAUAUAACAGCAACAACAUCAGCGCAAGAAAUCCAGAAGUAUGUUUCUGAUAAUGAUUGUGCUGCAUAUUAUCUAGAGACUACAGAUAUUGUUGGUCGCUGUAUACCAUCAAUAUUUAAAACUAUUUUGGAGACAGCAACAGAUGCCAUAACAUAUAAGGAUGGUUCAAAUAAAACUUAUAACCUGACAGACACUGAUAAUACCCUGAUAACAGGAAGUGUCAUCAGCAAAGGGUCAAGCGUUUUAGCUUUGUUUUAUUCAGCAUCACAGGAGGCAGAAAUGAUUUUUAAAGAUGUAAUUUCAGCAUGGCAUCUCAUCAUCAUAUUCCUGGUAAUUGCCAUGGUAGCAUGUUUUAUUUGGAUUGUUAUUAUGCGAUGGAUUACAGGGUUUAUGGUGUGGUUCAGUAUUUUUGCAGUUUUAGGAGUCAUGGGUUUUGGUUGUUACUAUAGUUACUCCCAGUAUUAUGAUUUGAAGAACUCCAACUCAACAUCAGAAUUUGGUAUUGCUCAAGCUUUUGCUCUCAAUUUUUCAUACUACCUGACACUAAAAGAGACAUGGCUUGCAUUUGGUUGUACAACAGCCACUUUCCUGAUCAUAUUUUUAUUGAUUUUGAUAUUUUUGUGUCACAGAAUUUGCAUUGCUAUUAAGCUUAUAGAAGAGGGAAGCAAAGCUAUUGGAAACAUGAUCUUUACUCUGUUCUGGCCAAUUAUUCCAUUCCUGAUGCAGAUAAUAAUGAUAUCUUAUAUGGCUGUGACAGCAGUAUUUGUAGCUUCUAUGGGAGGAAGAGAGUAUUACAGAAAUGAUACCAGCAGUCGGAUUGGUAGUGAAGCAUUGUCUACUUUACCAUGUAAUGAAAAUGACACAACGUUUGGAGAAUUUUGUGGUUUUGUAAAAUAUGGUGGAGAUCAAUAUAUUAUACCACUGGAGGUGUUUUUACUGUUCAUGUUUUUCUGGUUAAUGAAUUUCAUCAUAGCUUUAGGACAGAUGACAUUGGCUGGAGCAUUUGCUUCAUACUACUGGGCAGUUAAUAAACCUAAAGAUAUACCUACUAUGCCUGUCUUGUCUUCAUUUUACAGAUCUAUCAGAUAUCAUUUAGGAUCAUUAGCAUUUGGGUCUUUGAUCAUUGCUAUUAUCAAAAUGAUUCGUGUGUUGUUGGAAUAUAUUGACGCCAAGCUAAAGAAUUCAGAAAAUCCAGUCUCGAAGUUCCUCAUAAAAUGUAUGAAGUGCUGUUUUUGGUGCUUAGAAAAAUUUAUAAAGUUUUUGAACAGGAAUGCUUACAUUAUGAUAGCUGUAUAUGGUAGAAGUUUCUGUCCUGCAGCAAAAGAUGCAUUCUUUUUGAUAUUUAGAAAUGUUGUAAGGGCCAUGGUUCUCGACAAAGUCACAGACUAUGUACUGUUUAUCAGCAAACUGGUGGUCACAGCUGGUGUGGGUGUUGGUGCAUACUUCUGGUUCCAGGGCAAAGUUGAUUUCUUUACAGAUUAUCUCCCUAAGCUCAAUUAUUAUCUGGUACCAGUCAUAGUUGUAAUAAUGGGAACAUAUGUGAUAGCAGCUACAUUCUUCAAUGUUUACACCAUGGCAGUUGAUACACUGUUUCUAUGUUUCUUGGAAGAUUUGGAAGUGAACAAUGGCAAAGAUAAGCCAUAUCGUAUGGGGAAAGGAUUGCAGAAAUUGUUGUCAAAAAAGAAUAAGAAAUAUGAAGAUCCAGAGGAAGAAAACAGAGCUUAAAUGGCAAAAUAUGAAAUCCUGAAAUGAACUGUUUUGUUUACAUGCCUUUUUCGCUAAUAAUAUAUUAAAAGUUUGUGAAUACUGUACCAGUACAACUGAUUCUAGUUUGAUUAUAGUGAUAGAGGAUAAAGCCAGCAGUGAAAAAUAGCAGAAUAGAUUUUUUUAGAUUUUUUGAUUUUUUAAUUUUUGAUAUGAAAUAUAAAUUGUGUUAAGGGCUGUUCGAGAAAAUACUAUGUCCCCCCCAGGGACGGCACUUUUUUUUCCCCCCCACCACCCACAGAAAUAAAAUUUAAUUAGAACAGCACUCCCUUUGCAUUUUGGUAUUUUCAAAUACAACCACCCACAUAAUAUUUUAAAAAAUUGCCUUCCCUGGGGGGGGGGGGGGACAUAGUAUUUUCUGGAACAGCCCUAAUGUUAAUUUUAACAAAGUGUGUUUAUAAAAAAAUUUAAAUUACAAUUUUUGUUUGGUAAAUUUCAAGGGGUUAUGAAUACUUUACCUUUUUCAGGACCUGGGUUCAAAAUAUUACAUAUCCCUAUUCAUAAUUUAAACCAAAAUCAAGAUAGUUGAAUUGAGUUUCACUUUCCAAGAAAGGCUAUAGUUUUUCCUUCCUAAAUAUAGGUCUGUUUUGAAAAAACACAUAAAUGACUUUUGACUAAUUUAAUUGCUGUUAAACUAGACAAAAUCUUUAAGGAUCCAUUAGAUUCUGAAAUGGUGAAUCCAUUUAUAUAUAUUUUACAUUUAAGAAUCAGUUGUUGCUGUUAAUCCUACUUAGUCACACUAUGACAAUCAAACUUAUUUUGAAAUAUUUACUUCAUUAAUGAAAUCCUUGAUGUUUACCAACACCACAAAAGAAGAUUUUUACAAACAGCAUUUCUACAGAUCAAAAUACAAAAUGAGAUUCUCUUAUAUAAGAGGGGGGUAGGAGGGGUCCUGAUCCCGAAAUCCCGGGCUUAAAAACACUAAAUCUUGAGGUCCCGAAUUUAAAUAAAGUUAAAUCCCAGAUCCCGAAUUUUGAAAAAAUGAAUUCCCAGAUCCGGAAGAAGUAAAUCCCGAAAUCCUGAGCUUAAAAACACUCGAUCCCGGAGUCCCGAUAUAGGUCCUAUUCCCCCUCAUAUAAGAAAUAUAUCAUUAUUUUUGUUUUAGUCAAUGUAAAAGUCAGAAAUUUAAUACAUAAUAAAAUGUAAUCUACAUGUACAUGUAAUAAUAAUGUUAAAGUAACUGAAGUGGUUGAGUGAUGGAUAUAUAUGUUCGGAUACAUUUUAAAUGUUAGUGCUAAUAAAAUAAUCAAUGCAAAUGUUUCUAAUUCUAUGUUUGAAAAGUACAUAUAUAGUUUGAGAAUGUAAUAAUGUACAUAUAGAUCUGUUACAACUAACUUUACACAUAUAAAGAAAUAGAACAAAAUGUACAUAUAUGUUGUAACUUUACAGAAUAUUUCACAGUUUAUUAUCAAUCAAAAUUGUAGCUAAAGUUAUCUGUUAAAGCUUCUUGUAUUUUGUAAUUUGUUAGAAAAGACAAAUGGUUUAGGGGACCAAAAGUGGCCACUUUAAAAAAAAUUGCAAUUUUGUAUGUGAAAUCUUAAUUAACUUUGACUGUUAAAUUAAGAAAAUGAUAAUGAAUUUUGUAGAUUUAUUUCAGUAACAAACUACAUAACUUGUUUGCCAUAAAGAUUUGUUCUUCAAAAUAUUAGAUCUGUUUUCACAAUAGCCAAUAGUUUUAAGUAUGUCCGGAUGAAAUUUAAAUUGCUUAGACAGUUGACUCAAAAAUCUUUUCUAAAUUAAGGUUUUUCUUAAGAGGGCUAUAUUUGCCACAAAUUUGUCAUACAUGUAUUACAAUUUGAUUUAGAAAUUUUGCCUUGUAAAAGAUCACCUACAGUUCCCUAUAAAAUCAUUGCAAGGUUUUAAAGCAGUUUUAUAUUGCAAGAUCAGAGCCAAGGGCAUUAAUUUAAUCCUAUAACUAUCUAGUCCCCAUUUCAUACAGAAUAUGCUUUAUUUAUAAAUGUGCAGCCAAACAGAUACCCCCUCAGCUGUGGUUCUUACUGGAUCAUUGGGUUCCUGAUGUGUACAAUAAGGACUUUCUUUCCUAUAGUAAACCACACUUUUUUACUAUUUUACUUUGGCUUGAUGGGGCUUACUGAAUAGAGAAUAAUGAACAAAAAGUGCCAAAUAAUGGGCUCAAUAAAAAUUAAAUAGGCAGAAUAACACCCCAAAAAAAAGGAUAUUGGGCAAGAUAAUUAACAAGUAGAGAUAAAUGGUUAAAAAAAUGGAAGAACGGCCAUGCAAACCCUCAUAAUUAACAAUUGUAUUGUGAUGCUGUAUCGAGCAUAUUACUUAUUCUGUCAUUAAUAAUCUAAUAAAUAUAAACUUCAUGUACAUUCCUUGCUCAAUGUUUGUGAUUUGUUAACAUAUAUUAUAUCAAAUUGUGAUGUUACUAUAUAUACAUAUGUAUGUGCCUUGACCUAACUUGUCUUGUAAAUAUUAUAUUUUUAUCAUGAUAUUUAAAGUUGAAAUGAACAAGCAAUAUUGAAUAUUUGUACUUUAAACUCUUUUUGAAAUAGUUCAUUUUCUUUUUUUACUUGUGAAAACAAUUUCUAGAAAUCCAUAAGAUAUUAGAUAUUUCCUUUUUUUAAUGAAUUAAUUUUGGCAAAAAGAUGUUUGAGUGUCUAAGUUUAUAUGGCAAUUAUUUAUUCUAGUAUUUUUUACUUUACCUAUACACAUUCUAUGUUCUAUUGGCAAUUAUACCACAUCUUCUUAUUUAUAUUUUGUAUGUAUAAUGAUAUUUAUGAAAAAUAAUUAUGCGUAUGUUAAGUCUUUGAUAUUUAUAUAAUAAUUUUUAUAUACUGUGGAUUCAUUUAUUUUCGUGGGUACCAAUUUUCGUGGUUUGAGAAAAACUUACAUAAUCGUGGAUAUUUAAUUUCGUGGUUUUGGCAAAGUCUACUCUCAUUCCUUUACAAAAUUUGUAUUUCGUUGAACAUUUGAAUUUGAGGUUCUCCUGUACCCACGAAAUCCACGAAAAUUAGUAUCCAACGAAUAUUAAUGAAUCCACAGUAGACCAUGAAAUAUCUAAAUCAUAUGUGAAAAUGGGUCCAAAAAAAUGCAAGAAAUGGAUAGCUUUAAAAGUGUUCUGUUGCUUUGGUAUAAGAAGCCAUGAACAAAUUAUCUUCCCUUUUUGUACUUUAGGUGUUCAAAAUUUCAUUACUGAUAAUGAAAGUCAUUCAACAUCAUUAAAAAAAAUCUUACCAUCUAAAAAAUCUUCUCACAAAGCAGCACAUCUACUCCUUAGUACACAAAAAAUGUAAGCAGUUAUAAGAAGAUGUGGUAUGAGUGCCAAUGAGUCAACUCCCCAUCCAAGCCACAAUUUGUAAAAUUCAACCAUUAAUAUAGGUAAAAGUACAGCGUUUAACACAGAACCUUGGCUCACACUGAACAGAAAGCUAUCAAGGGCCCAAAAAAGAACAAAUAUGAGAUUCCUUUCAGUUUGUUUUGUAAUACCAGUAUUACAGCAGA